GCUCCUCCUCCACCAUGUCCGGGCCGACUCUGACGGACCGGAUCGUCGCCGCGCAGCACAGCAUGAGCGGCUCGGCCAUCAGCAAAGCCGUCUGCAAGGCCACGACGCACGAAGUGAGCGGACCCAAGAAGAAGCACCUUGACUACCUGAUCCACUGCACCAACGAGCUGAACGUCAGCAUCCCUCACCUGGCAGACACGCUGCUCGAGCGCACAGCCAGCAACAGCUGGAUCGUGGUCUUCAAGGCGCUGAUCGCCACGCAUCACCUGAUGAUGUACGGCAACGAGAGACUGAUGCAAUACGUCGCCUCCAGAAACACGCUCUUCAACCUCAACAACUUUCUAGAUAAGGCUGCGCUACAAGGAUACAACAUGUCCACCUUCAUCAGACGAUACAGUCGCUACCUGAACGAAAAAGCCAUGUCGUUCCGAUUAGCAGCUGUGGACUUCACCAAGAUGAAACGAGGGGCCGACGGCGUGAUGCGCACCAUGAACACAGACAAGCUGAUUAAGACGCUUCCGAUCAUUCAGAACCAGCUGGAUGCGCUGCUGGAUUUCCAGCCCAACUCCAACGAGCUGAGCAACGGCGUCAUCAACACCGCCUUCAUGCUGCUCUUCAAAGAUUCCAUACGGUUGUUUGCUGCGUAUAACGAGGGUGUCAUCAAUAUGCUGGAGAAGUACUUUGACAUGAAGAAGAACCAGUGCAAAGAGGCACUGGAGCUCUACAAGACCUUCCUCAACAGGAUGACGAAACUCUCGGAGUUUCUCAAAGUGGCCGAGUCUGUUUGUUUUACUCAUUUUGUUACGACGUUUGGUUCAUUUUUAUUUUGCCUCCCUCCUUCCUCCCAUUCCUCUCCCCCCUCCCCCUCCUUUUUUGUGACACAGCAAGUUGGGAUAGAUCAGGGCGACAGCCCCGAUCUCACACAGGCUCCCAACUCGCUUCUGGAGGCUCUGGAGCAACAUUUAGCCUCCUUAGAGGGCCGGAAGCUCAAAGACCUCUCCAUUGCCAGCAGAUCCAGCACUCUGUCCAGCACGGUGUCAUCCCUCUCCAGCACCGGGAUUUCCCUCAGUCAAAUGGACGACAAGGCAGAGGACAACAGACUGCAGCAACACAAGGAUGACGGCCAUAAGAUGAUCGAUAUCCAGACGCCCAACGUGUCGCCCAGCACGCAAUCGGUGGGCAGUGCCAACAGCAGUGGAGGAGCCACGGACCUGUUCUCCAGCUCACCCCUUGUAGCCGUCAACAACCAUGUGCCAAACCUGACCAGUGAGCUGUUCACCCUGCAGCCCCACUUCACCCCCCUUCAGACCACACACACUGUGCCCAACAACAACGCCUGGGGAGGCGACUUGCUCAAGCCGGUCCCACCUACUCAGAUUCACAACUCGGGAGCCCCGCUGCACUCUGGAAAGAUGCUCCCCAGCGAUUUGGACUCGUCUUUAGCUAACCUCGUCGGGAAUUUGCAGUUUGGGGCGACGCAAGCCAAAAGGCCUGAGCUGCAGUGGAGUCAGCUGGUAGAAAAGAAGCCGACGGCGGGGAGCGGCUGGCAGACAAAAUCCGUGUGCACCAGCACAAACUGGACUCAUUCGUCUCAUCCCAUGGCCCCAGCUCCCAUGCCCGUCCCUCAGAUGAACGGGGUGAUCUACACCGGCUAUGCUCCAGCUCCAGUAGCUUUUCCUAUGACGACCCCCCAAGUGCCUGUCUAUGGAAUGCAGCUCCCCCCUCAGAUGAGCCAUCAGAUGGGGGGUGUUCCCAUGAUGCCCCCGCAGCCUGUUAUGUACAACCAGCCUGUCCUGAGACCCACCAAUCCUUUCGGACCCAUCCCGGGGACACAGAUGCACUUCAUGUAGAGACAAUACUGUAACCAUGGCAGCAGAGCUAAGAGCGCCACAGAGGAAGAGUGAAAACAACAGAAGGAUGGCAGAGGAAGAAAGAAGGGGACACAGAAGGAGGAGAAAGAUUCAACACUCAGUCAUCUUCGUUUUCCCAAC